AUGGAGCCGCGCCACGUUGUCGUGUCCACGCCGAUGAUGGUGUGCGACGCCUUCACGACGGACCGCUUUAAAGGCAACCCGGCCGCUGUCUGCUUUGUGCCGACCUCUGUGUAUUGUAUGGAGUGGUCUGCCCUGAGCAGCCUCGAGGCCAGCUUGGGCCGCGGUGAGCCGGAGGUUCUCGAGACGAAGAUGACGGAGAAGGACCGCCAGGCAGCGGCCGAGAAGUACGCGGUGGAGCGCAAUGCCAAGAUGGGUCGCGCGUUCCAGCAGGUGGCGAAGGAGAUGAAUUUAUCAGAGACCGCCUUUGUCUACCGCCUUCCCACCUCGCGCAUCCGCACCAUACACGAACAAAUUAUGCGCAAGUGUAAUGAGUUUGAAGACGAGUACGAGGAGAGGGUGAAGCAUGAGAACGAGGAACGCCGUCGCAUAAGCACCGCUGUCACUGAGGACGACGAGGCGCCGGUGAUCGUGGUUCAGGAACAGUCUCACGGAUCGGUACUGAGCGCCAUAGAAAGCAGCGAAACCCCAACUCACCAGUCGAAGCGGCUGAGUAGCCUCGGGGCGCCGCCCUCGCCUGGCCUGUUGCCUAGCUCCAGCUUUUCCAUGGCGAACUCCGGCGUGAGUUUCCUAUACACUCGCGCCUCCAACUCCAUCAUGGUCGGCAGCGAGAUGUGUCGCCGUCCACGCCGUAUGCACGCGCAGUGGUUUGGUCUGCGCUGGUUCACGCCAACGAAGGAGGUACCGCUGUGCGGCCACGCCACCUUUGCCGCGGCGCACGCCAUCUUCGAAGUUUCGCGGCUUGUUCAAUCGGAGAGCACGCGCCACCUGGUGUCGCACAUCCCGAUGGAGUUCUUCGUGCCUGCGCAGACGGACGUCCUCUGUUUCGUGACGGAGUCGGGUGUCAUCAGCGUGCGCUGCAAGGCUGAGCCCAUUAUCAAACCCAGCGACUUAGUGUUGCACAGCUACACCUGUCCCCCUGACAUGUAUGAGGUGCACUUUCCCAUGACGGAGGCAUUUUCGGUUAAGGAGGCGGUGCCGAAGGACCUGUACAGCGAUGUGGCGGCGGCGCUCGGGCUGACGCACGGCGCUGGGUGUGUCGAGGAUAUUGCGUACUCCAAGUCGACUGGGUACUACAUAGCACGUCUGUCCACGUCGCAGAACGUUCUGGAGUGCCACCCCAACUGGGAGGCGCUUCGCCGUGCCUUUAGCUCACCCCGCUUCAUGCAUGCCCUCAAGGAGCACUCGGGUGUGUUGGGCCACAUCAAGGGCCUCGGUGUUACAGCCCAGAGCGAUGGCCACAUGAUAGGCCCGGCCGGUAGUGUUGAUGUCGUCUCGCGCUUCUUUGCGCCAUGGAUGGGCGUUGAUGAGGACCCGGUGACGGGCUCGCUGUACCUGGCGAUCUUGCCAUACUGGCUGCGUCUUCGCCAGAAAGGUCACUUCAAGGUUGGUGACCGCCUGCAGUUCUAUCAAGCCAGUAAGCGCGGCGGCUUCAUGACUGCCAUCGUGAUUGGGCGAAAAGCUGAGCGUGUAGCGCUGAUCGGACCUGUUCUGACCUUCAUGCGUGGCAACUGCACCUUCGAGGUGGAGGAGGUGCGCUAA